CUAACUGUUUCUGUCAGAUCGAACUUUAGUCGGCGCCAACGGUUCUAAGAAAACGAAUCUCAUCGAAACGAUCAGACGGCAUCCCGGGGGUUUUUUCGCCUAACAUAACCUAACCACCGCAACCACAAACGAGCUGCAACUGUCCCAAGGAUGCCGAAGAAAAGUGCUUUCUUUUACUUUAUGAUGGAGUGCCAACGGCGAGAAGCACUCAAAGGUCGUGUGUUCCGGAAUCUGGCUGAAGUGGCCGAGGCAGCCGAUGAAAUUUGGCAGCAAAUGGAUGUGGCCGAACGUGCGCCAUACGUUCAGCGGGCGAAUCCGUCUCACCACGCACUACCUAAGCCGCAGGGACAGCCGGCGCUGGCCAAGGUUGCGGAAAAGGAUCUGCUGGGUAAACGGAUUCAGGCGGCUGGCAAGGAACUCGGCAGCGAAACCUUUAUCCUUAUCUCGAUCGGUUACUACUGCCGUACGCUGGACAAUGUGUACUUUCCGGCAGAGAUUGGUGCGGUAAAGUUCGGGCUAGCGGCUGGCGUAGCGAAACGGUUCCAUGCAAUCGUUGAUCACCCGAAACUUCCGACCGGUAUGGCGUACGAAGCGAAGCUACAGUCGGAGAUGACCCAUGCCUUACCGUUACCACCACACGGUUUGGCAGAAAUGGAUGGGUCGGAAAUAGCAUCCAAAUUGAUCAGCUUUUUCGACGCGAAAGAUGACCGUCUGCCGGUGCUGUUUACGGCGGCGAAGCAAAUGUCUGCGGUGGAAGCUAUACUUCUGGACAUGUUGGGCGACCGGAUCCGCGAGCAGAAGCUGCGAAUUUGCUCCGUAGCGGAGCUGUACUGGGAGCUGCAGCAAGCUGCAGUAUCGUUCGACGAAGGAACAACGGAACCAUUUAAGAUGCUGCAAAUGGCGCAGAACCGUCUUGAUGAUGAUGUUUUCAGCUAUACGGAAGGCAUUAGCUGCGAUUACCACGAGUCUCACGAAUUGCUAGUGCACUGUGAACUGUCCGAGUGCAUCCGUUGGGCGUUUACUAUUGCGCGCGACUGUUGCCCGGAGCUGGGCAUCGAGCUGAUCCCGGGCAAGCAUCGUCCGGGUACGAAGGAAGGUGAAGCACCUUUUGGUGAGGAAUUGAAGGAUGACGAUACAGGGGAAUCGAAGCAGGACGAAUUGGAACAAGCGGUUGAGGCAAAGGUCUCAAAUGAGCCCAUUUCCAACGGUAAAGCUUUGAAUAAGCAGCAAAUUUUGACCCGUGAACUGUUGUCAGAGUUCGAUGCGCUCGCAGAGAAAAUGCGAGCGUUGCGUUUGAAUGAUUAAGGUGCAAAGAGUUUGCCCCUUAUUUGUUUAUUUAUUUAUUAAUCAGUAACGGAAUUGGUUCCUAAGUGCUCUUUGAGAUUACGAUGUAGAGCUGAUGAGAUGUUGUAAUGUAUCGUAUUUACUGCUUCAUAUAUUAUUGUAUUAACCUUUCCUGGUUCUGACAGGACAAUAUUUCAUUUCUGAUUUGGUAACGCUAAACGUUGCCGAGUAGCAUUGCUCAAAGUGAAGGGUGAGAUAAUAUUUAGAAUAUAUGAUAUGAGAUAAUAUUUAGAAUUGUUCGCAACAGAAUUAUGACCAUUAAAUGAAAAUCAUUGUCAAACACA